UGAGCACCCGUGGCGCAUCCACAACCCCCAUGUCCGUUCAAAACAGUCGGCAUUGUACAAGUGCAAGUCACGCACACGGAUGUACCGGCCGUGAGUCAGUCAGGAUAUUUUGUACAAGCAAUUUGAAAGCUUUACAUUGUGAAUUUGAAGAGAUUACACUCGUAUGGAGUGAGGUGAUGCUGCUGUAAUGGAGCUCAGCAGGGGAGAGGUGCCACUUUAUGGUCAGGUGGAGGUCUUUGUGAAGCUGCAGGUGUCACCGUGUAUUCAAGAAGAAGUUGACUAUUAUGUGGUCCUUGUAGGCUCGUUCCUUCACCAUGUAACUACAGCUCACAGGACCGAGGAUCAAGGUUCAAUUAGAUUCACUGUGCCCGGCCACGAUGUUCCAGAGAAAGUAUCUGUGGAGAUCUACUGCUGUUUGAGGGGCAGCAGAAGUCCCAUCAGCCCCCUCUGCAAUUCAGGACAGCUCUCUCUGGAGUAUAUGCGGGAUGAAGCACAAGAGGUGGCAGAGCAGCUGAUGAACUUGACAUCCAGCAGCUAUCAGGAUAUCCUAAGAAAGUUCUACCCAGAGAAAAUGUUUUCAUCUGAGACUAACCAUUUAGACCAGACUGGCCAGCAUGGGGCAGAUGGGAUUUGUGAUCCAAAGGAAUUAUUUCGAUUGGAAAGCCUAGCAGAACAGGGGCUCAGUGUUUGUGAACAGGGGAAUUUCAGCCAGAUAGAAGCCUCAGGAACAUCAGAGUUUAAUCCAGAGCACAGAUGCACAGUGGGACAACACAGUGCAGUUGAUGAAAAAAUCGCACAGGCCCUGGCUAACUUGCACUUUCUGGGAUGGGACAGCCAAGCUGGACAGGAGAAGCAAGAUCUCCUUUCCAGAAAAAUGCCUCUACAUGUGGCCAUGAUUUUGGGGUUCCCCCACCUCAGUCACUUCCUCCUCCAGGAGUCAGAAGGUCAGAGGAUGAUUCCCAUCGUCGACAAGGAAGGACAUAGUCCUCUCACACUGGCUCAGAUGCACAGAGACCCGACGCUCAUCAGCGCUCUAACAAAUCCCAAAAAAAGCAGUGCGUGGAGGCCAGUGUGGAUGUGUCAGAUAUGGACUGACGGCUCUCACCAGCUCCGUAUCUGCCCUGUCACCGAAUCUAUUAGUCUGACUGUGAAAAACGGUAUACGGAUAGAUGCACCACACAGCAUCGAGCUAUACAGAGAGAAGAGCAGAGCAUCGGAUACACUUGCAAGGGUGGGGCGACUGAGUGAGGGAAGCGUGUGCAGAUCUGAUGUAUGUGACACAGAUCUGAAUAGCCAACUGAGAAUCGAGGAUGAAACCCUGGUGGAUAGUGUCUUUGAAGAACAGCUUGUUCUCUGUCUGGAUGAAGAGGAUGAAGAUCUAAACACAUUUAACUCAGAGAAACUGUGUUCCUCUCCUGGCUCCUGCACUCCAUUUCACCUCAGUUCCUCAGACACUGCUGCCGUCAGGCUCAUGGCCAUGCUCAGAGGCUCCGCUAAGGACAAUGACCUCAAUAUGAAGUACGCUGUUACAAGUGUCACAGAGGACAGUUCUGGGACAGAUAGUGGUGUGUGGCCAAUGUCAGAUACGGAGGUCUUGUCACCAGGGACUAUAGAUAUGCCUCCAGCUAUUAAAGAUGAUGAAGGUCAGAGAGGACGGCAGCAUGCUUCUCGUUCUUUCUCUCCCACCACUCCAGCGGGACUGAUGCUGGAUAGACUCAUGCGUGCCACACGACCUGCUGAACUGACAUAUGACAGCUCAAGCUCACCUACAGAGCCAUGUGACCUAAGCCCGAGUCUGGUGGCCUUGGAAAUGGACAGCGAGGAGGAUGAUGAUGACAUUUUAAUGAAGAAGCCCCUCCCCCAGCCACAGCCUGAGCUCAAAAACAGUGCAGAUGAUCGGGUUAUAUUUGGCCCUGCCCCUGAUCUUACCUGCACGCGUUCUCACUCCGCCUCCUCUGCCUGUAACCCCACCCCUGCAAAGGAUAUUGAGCAGGGCAUCCGUCUCCGUUCGUAUUCCUACACCUCCCCCAAAAUCAGCCUGCUGCCUCCACGAUUUAGUAGGGAUGCCCAACCUCCACCUACCGACCUCAACCAGGAUGGCGCCCGCUCCAGCAGCAGUGGCAGCAGGUCUCUCCUACAGGGACUGUCUCUGUCUAAAUCUCUAUCUCUGCUCAACCCUGUUAAACAUCGUGCCUGCAGCACAUCCGAGCAGCCUCAAGAGAAAAGGGAGUUAAGGUUUCGUAGGCGUGCUCAGUCGGCUGACGAUGAGACCAGUGCAGAGCUGGCCAACUCCCUCCAACACCUCACGCUCUCCGAAUUCCUCAAAGAGAUUGAGGAAGAGGAAUGGGACAAAUAUAUCAUCCCUUCCAAAACAGAGUCAGAAAAAUACAAAGUCAGUCGCACAUUCAGCUUUAUAAAGAGCCGAAUGUAUAGCACUCGCAACAAGAACAAGGGGAAAGGAAAAGAGAGAGAGACCAAAGACAAGCAGGUCAAUGGACACCAGUUCACAGCAGGAUCUGUCCUGGGGUCGACACUUUGUGAGAUCUGCAGCAAACCAGCUUCUGGGAAAGAGGUCCUCCACUGCACAUACUGUGCAGUGAGUGUCCAUAAGGGCUGUAAGGACUCAUCUACACCAUGCCUGAAGAAACUUCAAGACAAAUAUUCUGUUAUGACAGUAAAAAGCAGGACAGCCUCCCUCCCUCAGAAUUUUAUAGUGCGUGAAAGUUCCUCCUCGUCCUCUCAGAUCCCCACCUCUGCCUCUCUUCCUGUGAUGACAUCACGAGACUCUACACCUCUUCCGUGCCCUCUGUCUAGAAGUGUGCCUGCGGUCACAGAAAGGCUUAGUGGUAGCCCAGAAGCAGAUAGUGACGCCCCUCCGUGGCGGAACCACAUUCAACCAGAGGAGCUCCUCCAAACCAUGGAGUCCUCAACAUCCACUGAUUCUUCCCUUAUUGAAGACACUGUAGAUUCCCCCCUACAGAAUGAGCUGGUAAUGAAUGCUGUGAAUUUGGAGGCGGAGUCAUGGAGCCUAGCGGUGGAGCCCCAGUUCUGUAAGAUGCAAGAAAAACGCAUCAUCAAGAGACAGGAUGUCAUUUACGAGUUCAUGCAGACCGAGCUCCAUCAUGUACAGACGCUCAUGAUAAUGGCGGAGGUCUUCAGGCGGGGAAUGCGGGAAGAAGUCGGACUGGAUGCGGACACUAUUGCUCGGAUUUUCCCUUGCUUAGAUGAGCUGCUUCUUCUCCACCGUGACUUCCUUUCAGCGAUGAGGGAACGGCGGCAAAGCUGCGUUCAGCCCAACAGCAGCAAGAACUACCUCAUUCACUAUGUGGGUGACAUCUUUCUGCAACAGUUCUCCCAGGAGAAUGCAGAGAAGAUGAAGCAGGUGUAUGGUGAGUUUUGCAGUCAUCACACAGAAGCGGUCAGCUACUUCAAAGAGCUUCAGCAGCAGAAUAAGAGAUUUCAGCUCUUCAUCAAACAACAGAGUAGCAACUCAUUGGUAAAGAGGCGAGAAAUCCCAGAAUGCAUUUUGUUAGUGACGCAGCGAAUUACAAAGUAUCCCGUCCUCCUGGAGAGAAUCCUGCAAUAUACAGAGGAGGGCACAGAAGAGCAUGCUGACCUCUCUCGUGCACUAGUCCUGAUCCGAGAGCUGAUCUCCGCUGUGGACCAGCGCGUGAGUCAGUACGAGCAGAACCAGAAGCUGAGUGAGGUCCUGGGCCGCAUGGAGAACAAGUGCUCGACUAAACUGAAGAGUGGUUACACCUUCCGCAAGCAGGACAUCACCAGUGGAAGAGCUCUGCUGCACCAGGGUCCGCUGCUCUGGAAGACAGCCACAGGAAGACUGAAAGAUGUUCUGGCGUUUUUGCUGUCUGAUUCAUUGGUGUUCCUUCAGGAGAAAGAUCAGAAAUACAUCUUUGCUGCUGUGGACCAGAAACCUCCAGUGAUCUCUCUGCAGAAGCUGAUUGUGCGUGAGGUGGCCAAUGAGGAGAGAGGCAUGUUUCUGAUCAGCGCGUCUUCAGCUGGGCCUGAGAUGUAUGAGGUGCACGCUGCUUCUAAAGAUGAACGAAAUGCCUGGAUGAGACUCAUCAGAGAGGCUGUGGAGAGUUGCCCUGAAGAGGAGGAUGAAACUACAAGUGAGUCAGAAGAGGAAAGGAGAGUCACAGAAGCAAAGGUCCAAAAGAUCCACAGGCUACAAGAGUCUUUGUGUGGCCACGAUCACCUCAUCUGUGCAAAUCUGGAGGAGAAGCUACACAUCUAUCAUAUCAUGGCAGGAGGAUGUGAGAUAGGACCAGAGCCCAGACUGCUGGUACGGCCCAGCACUGAAGACAUCCCUCAGGCCGGAGUACUGCUCAGUGCUGCUCUUAAAGAGGGGCAGACGCAGCUUGUCCAGAGGCCGUAUAAGCCUUCACCACAAGGGACGAAGAAAGCGUACAGGCCCUGGACGGUAGUCUCAGGCAACCCUGCCAGGUGGCGGCGUUUUACGGGCAAAGAUGCACCGCUAUUGCUCUCUCCACAUUUACCUGACCACUGCCUGUGCCGUAGAUCCAACAACGAGGAGAUCGAGAGUUCUUCACUUUCUGUCGCUCAUUGUUUGUUUGUUGUCUUAAUGCAGGUGAGUCAGAGUGUGCAGAGCUUGACUCAGCUGCUGUAUAGUCUACAGGCCGCAGUCACCAUCCAAGACAGUUGCUAUGAAGUCCAGAGGAUCCUCCUCUUCCUGUUAUCAAGCCCCUCCCCUCACCCACACUCCCGCCCACCGCCGAUCACUCGCAGCAACCAGACCCUGCAGGAGCAGGAGCGUCAGCGGGAGGUGGAGCGCCGGCGAGAGGAGCUGGUGGACGUGGCCCGUCUACGGGGCACCCUGGUACGAGAGCGGCAGCAGUGGGAACGGGAGUGCCAGAUGCGGCAGCUUCAGCAGUCGGAGCUAGAGGCAUCACUGGAGCAGAGGGAGGUGGUGUGCCACCUAGAGGAGCGGAGACUGCAGAGUGAGCAGCAGGAGCUUCAAGAGCAGUUGCAGGAGUACCAGCAAAGCCUGGAGAGGCUGCGAGAAGGCCAGAGAAGUGUGGAAAAGGAGAAGGAGAAGUUGGAUGCUCAGCUGGAGAGUUUGAGGCAGGGCUACCAGCAGAACCUGCCAGCUAUGGUGAUACCACUGGAUGGACAGCAGACACAGGACGCUGGUCACCAUCACCUGGGUGGUCAGGAUGCGCAUGGAUCCAUUUUUGUGAACGAGGCAGCGUUUAUGUCUCCCUCUCUGAACAACAGGCACAUCCACCUUCAACAUCAUCCACACUGUCAUCAUCAGACUGUUCACCUGCACUCAGGAUCUAUAGGAUACUCGGAUUCUCCCAGUGCUCAGAACAGUCUCAAUUCACUCCUGGCACGAUCCAACCACAGACAGAGCUCUGCUGGAUUAUCCGAUGGUCCUGCAGGGAAUGAGAGCUGGACUGGAGGAACAAUGUACUCGACCCCUCUGAGAAGUCUAACAGAUAUCCCAAACAAUGAUGUGGGUCAGCUCAGUCAUGUCCAAGAAUCUUGGUCAGCCGGAGUAACAGAGGCAGGGCUUCAUCAAGCCAGCAUCCUGCUCGUCAACCAGCCUUUUGUUACCAUGGAGACAGAGAACAGAGAUACUGAUGGAGAGGAGAAUAUUGUGUAUCUCUGAAAUGAACAAACAAGCUUUGGUUGGUGUUGAAACAAAACAUUAGGACUUGGAUUUUCAAUUUGAGAUUUGGGCCAGGAUCUGAUCCCACUCCUUGUUUUUGGAUUCUUUCUUUAAUCUUUAAUCAAACUUUUGGCCUUCUGUGACAUUCUCCAGACUUCAUAGCACGCACUUUGGUCUGUGAGAUGGGGCUUGUCUGAGUGGCUGUAUUUUGCUUUAUAGCCUGGAGCCUGCAAUGACAGAAUCAGGUUAGGCAGCUUCAGCACACGUUUAGUCACACACAUACAAAAGUCCCCCACCCACAUUGCCAGUUCACAUCAGGAUGCAAAAAUACUGACCCUUUCUUUCAGUAGAUGAACGAUGAUUUGGUUUAUAAAAGCAUUCACCGCCUACUAUAUGAGUCAGGGUUAUGUAUGCAUGUAUGUGUGCGUGUUAGAGUAAGGAAUCAGAUUGUCACCUUUCAAAUUCAAUCUCUCACAUUUGGAAACUGGUUUCACAUGUCCAUAUGGAGGAGAAUUUGUAAUAUGCGUCCUGCUUUACUCUUCUGAAAUGGUUCCGAUUCAUUGGUGCUCAUGAAC